UACCUGACGAUUCAUUCCCGACUGUAGGUUUUAGAUUCACUCGCCUCACCGUUGAGUAGUGGGGUUCCCUGAGCCAUGAGACAGAUGAGCUAACACACCAUCUUAGUGAGAGUUUUGCCAACGGAACGAAAACGGUUCCCGUUGACAGGAAAGAAAAGGCGUUCUUGCCAGCACCAUCGCGUGGCUCGCGGAAUUCCGCUAAACUGCAGAACUGCUGAAAACAGCACAAACGGGCUGUUAGUAAGCGCCAAGUACAAGCUACAUAUAUACGCUUUCCACUUGUCCGAAUCUAAAGAAGAACUCACGAUGAGUUUCUCCUUCUCACCGUGGCUUCACGAUUCACAUCCCACUUACACAAAAAUGAAAUCCCCCAUCCCGGAUUAUCUCAACCGCGUCCUCGAGAAUGCGCGCCCCAACGAGGCCGGCGCGCCAGCGGGCUACAUUGACGUGCUAGCCAAAGCAGACACGUCCAAAAUGGCCGUCGCUCUCGCCAUGGUCGACGGGAACCUCUACUCGGCAGGCGACGACCGCGUCGAGUUUUCUAUCCAGUCCAUCUCCAAGGCCUUUGUCUACGCCCUAGCCAUCGAGGACGCAGGCCUCCCCGCCGUCCUCGAAAAGAUUGGCGUCGAGCCCUCGGGCGACGCCUUCAACCGCCUCUCCCUCGAGCGCGGCUCCAACAGGCCCAUGAACCCCAUGAUCAACGCCGGCGCCAUCACGGCGCACUCCCUCGUCGUAUCCCCCUCCGCGACGCUGGAACAGCGCACAGAACGCAUCCUCACCGCCCUCUCGCGCCUCGCAGGCCGCCAGCUGCACGUAGACGAAGAAGUCUACGAGGCGGAACUGAAAGACGCGGACCGCAACAUGGGCAUCGGGUACAUGCUCAAGGCUGCGGGCAUCAUCACCUGCGACCCGCGCGAGGCCGUAAAGGGGUACAUCCGGCAGUGCUCCAUCAGCGUCAACGUCCGCGACCUGGCCGUCAUGGCAGCCACGCUCUCCAACGGCGGCGUGCAACCCCUGACGGGCGAGUCCGUCAUCCCGCAGACCAGCGUAAGGCAGGUGCUGUCGGUGAUGACCACGUGCGGCAUGUACGACGCCGCGGGCGACUGGGUCUCCAACGUCGGGAUCCCCGCCAAGUCAGGCGUCGCGGGCGGGAUCAUCGGCGCGUUGCCGGGGCAGGUCGGGCUCGCUUCCUUUUCGCCCAAGCUCGAUGAGCGGGGGAAUAGUGUACGUGGGGUGGCUAUGUGCGAGCAGCUCUCGCGCGAUAUGGGCUUGCAUAUGAUGGAUGUGAGCCAGAUUGCCAGCGCGACGGUGAGGACUUCGGUGGCGACGCUCGUUGCGGGAGCGCAUGAGCCGCAUAAUCCCAAUUGUCAGCGCGAGGUUGUCAUUUUCAGUUUGCGCGGCGCGGUGAGGUUCGCGGGUUCCGAGAGGUUGACGAGGGCGCUGGCGAGGGAGCUGGGAUCGCCGGAUCCGGAGGAUCCCGGGUCGGGAAGGCACGAGAAUGCGUGUGCGGUUGUUUUCUCAUUUCGGGAUGCGUACUCGUUGAAUAAUAUUGCGAAGAGGAUCGUUCAUGAGAAUAUUCGGAGAUUGCUACUGGAUGAGCGGAGUGUUGUUGUGGUUGACCCGAACGGGGUGUUGGGGAUGGAGGUUGAUGCGGAGGGGGAGAAGAAGCCGCAUCCGCAUGUAUUCAAGUCUGAGAAGGAUGCAAGGGAUUUCAUUGGGGGGAUGGGUUGUCAGGCUGUAUUUAAGGAGGACAGUUGGUGAUUAUCGCAGUGCUUUAAUGAUACCAUUUUCAGAUUUGACCUAUGAGGAGAUGUUGUCAUUCUUGACUUGCGGAGGGUGUAUCCGGGGCGUUCUGAGGGCUUUAAGAAGAAAACCUGACUUCAAGAUGCACCGGAACUCUUAAGUAGACUAUACUUCCAUUUCUUGGCAGAUAUCCUGCGUUAAUCAUACGGCAAGUAAGUG